AUGUCUCAAUCUCUGUAUUCGUCGCUUUCGCUGGAGUCUAACAAAAUUCGGUUGCUUCGCAUAUUGCCGAAUGAGAACGAGGAGGCCGAGAUCAACUGCACUCUCUUUGUGUACCCACUACAUGAUUCCGGCAGAGGUACUCAUCGAUAUGAAGCUUUAUCUUAUGUAUGGGGAGACGCAGAUAACUCUCGUUCUAUUUGCGUAAACGGGCAUCGUUUGAAGGUCAGGGCAAACCUUCAUAUUGCCCUCUCGCGCCUUCGAGAUACUAUUUUAGACCGCAUUAUAUGGAUAGAUGCUAUUUGUAUCAAUCAAGAGGACUUAAAUGAGCGAGGCCAUCAGGUUCAGCUUAUGGCGAAGAUAUACAGUAAAGCAAGUCAAGUAGUCAUUUGGCUGGGAGAGGCGGCAGACAAUAGUGAUCGAGCUCUUGAAGAAAUAGUUGUUGCCGCAAGCCAAUCUGAAAUCUCUUCAAAUAAGGUAGCGCGGAAGGCAAUUCUUGCACUACUUCAACGUCCAUGGUUUCGGCGCAUUUGGGUGCUACAAGAAGUUGCCGCAGCUCGACACAUACUGAUAAUGUGUGGUCUUGUUGAGAUCGACGGAAAUGCGUUCUGUGCAGGGUUAAAUACAUCUAAAGCCUAUCUCAAAGCAUAUCCAAGAUUGCAAAGAUUGAUUCGUUCCGUAAUUUAUCUCAUUAAGGAGGCAACCCUUCGGCCAAAGUAUGCAACAAGCAGCUCGGACAAUUUCUCCCUCGAUAUUCGCCCGUUGAGCGAGUUGAUAGAUACGUAUCAUACCCGGGAAUCUACCGAUGACCUCGAUAAAGUAUAUGCUUUACUCGCCAUGUGCUCCGAUAAUCCUACCUCAGCAGGCUUACUCCCCGACUACACCAUUCUAUGGGAACAACUCAUUCAGCAGCUUGUACAUUUCAUUCUCUGUAAAGAGAUAGAAGUGAAGGUUCUGCAAGACAGAAACAAGGCAAUAUUCAGAAGCAAAGGUUGUGUUAUUGCCUCGGUGAUUUCAGUGGAGUUUGAUGUUGUUUGGAAUGACACGCAAACUGUGCAUAUCAAAUUCACUGAUACUUUUGAAUAUUUGAGCUGGGACAAGCAGAUGGAAACGCGGGCUACUUUUAAUAUCCCAACGACGGAAAAAAACAUACAGAGGGGCGACAUUCUCUGUAUUUUACAAGGAGUCUCAAAGCCAACGAUCAUUAGACUUUGUGAUGACCAUUUCUCUGUCAUUAUGAUUGCAGCAACUCCUAGUGGUUUCGAAUCAGGAUCGAAAUCAGAGUGGGACGAUGUUUUGCGUUCAAUAACAACUUACCCACGCGACUUACUACUAGCAUGGGACUUGGGGGGGUCUUGGAAGAAGUUAGGAAGUCUGGAAUCUGAGAACUUGAGAGUGCCUGUCAAUUCAAACUCCAUGCUCGAGGAAAACUUAAAAACAGACGAGAUUCGAGGGGCGGAGAAAGAUAUGGAACCACGCGAAGAGAUACGUGACAGUCUGGAGGUAAAGAUUCAUACAAAGGCGGAGGGCUGUUCAGAACCAGAGUGGAGCUCAGAGGCUAAAGAAAAUUCUGACAGUGAAGAGUAUAUGACAGCAGAAGAGUAUCCGACAGUAGAAGAGCAUCCGACAGUAGAAGAGUAUCCGACAGUAGAAGAGUGUUUAUCUAUGAGUGAGAAUCUAGAAGUAGGAGAGCAUCUAAACUUGGAUGGGUAUUCAGAAACUGGGUCGAGAACAUGGGAUAACCUAAUCAGAAUGCGUAACGUAGCUCUGAUAUUGAAAGACUUGGGACUGUAUGCUGAUGCAGAAGAGUUAUUUCUGCAACUGAUACGGACAAGGAAACAACUACAAGGGGUCGAACACCCACAAACACUAAGCAGCAUAGCUGAUCUGCAGUUAUAUUAUCGAGAGCGAGAACUCUUAGAGGGAACAGAAGAGAUAGAAGCAAUGAAGCAUCUCCUUGACACAGCAGAAAGCGCUGUUCGAGUCUUAAAAGAAGAGGUGGUCAAGAUUGCAUCAUUACCAUCUUGUAAAGCAAUGGUGCUCUUAUUCGAGCGAAGAGGUGGCCAAGUCCCAAUCACAGAAAAGGUAGUCAAGGCAGCAGCUGCUAAUAAAGACUGCGGAAUUGAUAUGAUGAAGCUAUUAUUCAAAGAAAGAAACGACCUAUCAAUAACAGAGGAGGUUAUUCGAAUUGCAGCAGGAAAUGUGGAUGAAGGAUUUCAUAUAGUGAGAUUUCUAUUUCAGAAAAGAGGGGAUCAAGUUCCAAUUACAGAAGAUAUAGUCGAAAAAGCGGCACGAAAGGUUCGGCAAGAAGAGGUAUUAAAAGCUGCAAUCAGGAACGAGGAGGAAGGACCUGAUAUAAUGCAGUAUUUCUUUGAAAGAAGAGGGAGCCAAAUUUUGAUUACUGAGGAAAUCUUGAAAAUCUUAGUCGGGACUAAGUGGAGAGGAUGUGAUGCAAAACAGCUUUUCUUUGAAAGGCUGGGGGAUCAAAUUCCAAUUACAGAAGAACUAUUAAAAGUAAUAGCAGGGAGUCAACUGUUCGCCGCAAGAUCUUUGAUGUCAAAUCUCUUUGAAAGGCUGGAGGAUCAUUUUCCAAUCACAGAGGAGACGUUACAAGAGAUAUUAGAAUUGGCAGCAAAGAAGUGGGAGCCAGAUUUUGUGAAGCGUUUUUCCACAUGA